AUCUCCAAUAGAGAGCUGGUCUCAGAAGAGUGUGCCCUAGAAAAGGUGGUCAACUCUAGAGAGAGAGCUCUUUUGCGCCUUGACUGCUGUAGCCCUAGAGAGCUGCUUCCUGUGAACAAACUAAAGAAAGAGGGGCAAGAAAUCAAAGAGUGGACAUGGAGAUGGAGCUUGAGCCUAGGGUGAAGGCUUUGCCUUAUAAAAUCAAGGGGAUUUCGCGCGAGUCUCCUUCUCAAAAGGCACCAAAUGUUCUCGACUUGGACCUUCGAACCCACUGGUCCACUGGUACCAAUACCAAGGAGUGGAUUGUUCUUGAAUUGGAGGAACCAUGUUUAUUGUCACACAUUCGAAUUCAUAACAAAUCUGUUUUAGAGUGGGAAAUUGCAGUUGGGCUGCGUUACAAGCCCGAGGCAUUUGUGAAAGUUCGUCCACGUUGUGAAGCUCCUCGGCGAGAUAUGUUGUAUCCAGUAAAUUACACCCCAUGCAGAUAUGUACGGAUUUCUUGUUUGCGAGGGAAUCCAAUUGCUAUUUUUUUCAUACAGCUGAUUGGAGUUUCUAUUGCUGGAUUAGAGCCUGAGUUUCAACCAGUGGUUGAUUACUUGUUGCCGCAUAUCAUGUCUCACAAGCAAGAGCCUCAUGACAUGCAUCUACAGUUGCUUCAAGACAUCACAAGUCGAUUGCAAGCAUUUCUUCCGCAACUUGAGUCUGAUCUUUCCAACUACUCAGAAGCAUCAGAGUCCAAUACACGCUUUCUUGCAAUGCUUGCUGGUCCGUUGUAUCCUAUUCUUAAUAUCGUGACCGAAAGGGAAGCUGCAAAGUCAGCCAGUGGCUUCCUUGAUUCAGAUACUUCAAGAAAUGGCCAAGGCAUAACUUUGAUGGUUUCGUCAAACUUUGAGGCCCAGCCCAGGCGAUCGCGCAGUCCAUCACAGGUUGCCCAACCUACUGCCAGCAUUGUGGCUUUUCGUCCAGAUGCUGUGUUUAUGUUGCUCAGAAAGGCAUAUAAAGAUCCUCACCUUGGACUUGUUUCUCGACUGGCUUCCAGAGUGCUAUGGAGGUUAACGGAACCUAUUUCUUCAGUUGAAGCUUCGAUUAUUUUUUGUGAACAACCAAGUUCGUCAAUUUCUGUCGAGACAGAAAAAUCAGAUGCAUCUGCUCAUAUUUCUUUGAUGGAUUGUUCGAGCUUAUUUGGAGAUGAGUUUAAGAUACCUGUUGAUUCAUGGGAUACCUCUUGUCUUAAUAUUUUGGAUAUUGCAGCUGUAGAAGAGGGGAUUAUGCAUGUUCUCUUUGCUUGUGCUUCACAGCCUCCUCUUUGCAGCAAAUUGGCUAAUGGUAGACCAGACUUGUGGUCUGUAUUGCCACUUGUACAAGCACUGCUACCAGCACUUCGUCCUUCCAUUGGCAGUUCUACAGAGCAUAUUGAUGACAGUUUCUUGCCGUGGAAACAGCCCUUGGUUCAGCAUGCUCUUUCACAGAUUGUGGCAGUGUCAAUGUCAUCCACAUACAGGCCCCUUCUCGAAGCCUGCGCUGGGUAUCUAUCAUCGUAUUCACCUGCACAUGCAAAAGCUGCCAGUGUUCUUAUUGAUCUAUGUUCUGGACCCCUUGCACCAUGGCUAUCUGCAGUGGUUGGAAAGGUGGACCUGACUAUUGAAUUGCUAGAGGAUCUUCUGGGAACAAUCCAGGGUAGCCAUAAUUCUCCGGGUCGUGCUCGUGCUGCUCUGAAGUAUAUCAUACUGGCAUUGUCAGGACAUGUGGAUGAUGUAAUUGCACUGUAUAAGGAAGUUAAGCACAAGUUGCUCUUUCUCUUGGAAAUGCUAGAGCCUUUUCUUGAUCCUGCUAUUACUGCAGUUAAGAAUACCAUUGCUUUUGGAGAUGUUGCUUCGGUUUUUCUGGACAAACAGGAACAGGCUUGUGUGAUAGCUCUUAAUAUAAUACGCACGGCAGUGCGCAGAUCAGCUGUUCUUCCCCCCUUGGAAUCCGAAUGGAGAAGAGGAUCUGCUGCACCAAGUGUUCUCCUCUCUAUUCUUGCACCGCACAUGCCAUUGCCUCCUGAAAUUGACAAUUGCAAAUUCUCAGCUGCUAAAGGGGCAGAGCGAGAAUCAUCCAGUAUUUCGUAUAGUUCCACUCCCCCCCGUUAUGGAACUUCCUACAAACCCCAAAUUGAAGAUGAGGCUGAAGGAAAGAGUGAUGUAUCAGAGGGAAAUAUGAAGAUGGAGAUAACUGAGGAUGCUAGCCUUCUCUUUGCUCCAGCUGUCUUGAAACAUGCCAUUCUAAAGAAUUCUCCAAGCCCUUCUGAAGGUUCUAGUGCAGAUAGUCAGACUUCUCAAAGUAACAAAGAUGGGAAACCACCAAAUGAGAAGAGUGCGAAUAAUCAACUGCCCAGUGGGUCGAUUUUGGAUGUUGGUUUUGCUGAUGAGUACUUCAACUUGCAGGCAGAUUAUCUCCAACUUGUAAACCAUCAAGACUGUGAGCUUAGGGCUUCUGAAUUCCACCGUUUAGCUUUAGAGUUACACUCUCAGCAUGAGGUUUCCCCAGAGUCUCAUAAUGCAGCCAUUGAUGCCCUGCUUUUAGCUGCAGAGUGCUAUAUUAAUCCUUUUUUCGUGUUGGCCUUUAGAGAGCCUCCAAAACUUGCCAGCAGAUUGAACAUAAGCAAAGAAGCGAUGCUUCCAACUGAUCAUAUUAGUUAUGCGAAAGGACAAACCAAGAGAAGUAAUGGAUUGGAAACAAUAGCUCUCCUUGAAAGUAAAAGAGACAAAAAUGUUCUCCAAAUACUCCUCCAAGCUGCAGAAUUGGAUCGCGAGUAUUGUAACCGAACAGCCAAUGAAGAAUAUCCCCAAGAUAUUGAGCAAGAUGAGGGGCAUUGCUUGAAAAUCCUUCCAGAGGAUGUGCAGUCCUCAGAUGCUGUUACCCUAGUUAGGCAAAAUCAAGCCUUACUAUGCCACUUUAUUGUCCGACAAUUACAAAGCAAACAGCACACAAUGCACGAAAUCCUUAUGCAGAGUCUCUUAUUUUUACUCCAUUCAGCGACUGAGUUGUUUUGCCCUCCUGAGAGUGUUGUUGAUAUCAUAUUAGGAUUUUCUGAGCAUCUUAAUGGGUUGCUUACAUCUUUCUAUUAUCAGUUAAAGGAUGGGAACUUGCAAUUGGACCUUGAAAGGACCCAUGAAUUAAAACGACGUUGGGUUCUUCUCCAAAGAUUAGUUGUGGCUUCCAGUGGCGGCGAUGAUGGCAAAAGCUCCAGAAUGAGAUCGAGAAAUGAGUUUUGUUUCAGGAGUUUGGUCCCUCCUUCAUCCUGGAUAAAGAAAAUUUCAAAAUUCUCUACCUGUGCUUCACCACUUGUCAGGUUUGUAGGGUGGAUGGCCCUGUCUCGUCAUGCUAAAAAUUAUCUCAAAGAAGGGUUAUUUCUUGCCUCAGACCUUUCACAGUUGACAAGCUUAUUGAGUAUUUUUGCUGAUGAGCUUGCAUGGGUAAAUAAUUUAGCCAACCAAAAGGAUAAUGAAGAAAUAUCGGAGGCCUUGAUGGGCUUAGCAGGAGUGAAUCAGAAUGCACCGGCCAGUGGAGGGUCUGAUUCUUCUGUUUCUGAAGGUUUUCUUCAAGUUAUUUAUCCUGACAUCCAUAAGUUCUUCCCAAACAUGAAGCAGCAGUUUGGGGUCUUUGGGGAAACUAUAUUGGAAGCUGUGGGCUUGCAGUUGAAAUCCCUUCCGCCUUGUGCUGUUCCAGAUGCUCUUUGUUGGUUCUCUGAUCUGUGCCUUUGGCCAUUUGCAGAAACAGAGAGAGGCCUGCAGUUUAGUGGGAAGAACACACGUUCUUUGAAAGGUUAUGCUGCCAACAAUGCCAAGUCAAUCAUCUUAUACCUACUAGAAGCCAUUGUUGUGGAGCACAUGGAAGCUAUAGUGCCUGAAAUACCUCGAGUGGUUCAAGUGUUGCUGUCUUUAUGUAAAAGCUCUUAUUGUGAUGUGGGUUUUCUAGAUUCUGCCUUACGUCUGCUGAAGCCUCUCAUUUCAUAUGUUUCAGGAAAGGUGCUUGCUGAUGAAAUAGAAUCACCAGAAGGAUCAACAUGUAUGAAUUUUGAGUCCUUAUGCUUUAGUGCACUUUUUAGCUAUAUUGGUUGUGGCUCUCAGGUGCAGGAUGGGUCUGUUGACAAGAGUUAUCAGGGGGCACUGAUGAUUUUUAUUUUGGGAUCUCUCUUUCCAGAUUUUUCCUUUCUGAGGAGGAAGGAAAUUUUGCACUCCUUGUUAUGGUGGGCUGAUUUCGCUCACUUUGAACCAACAUCUUCAUUUAGUGACUAUCUUUGUGCAUUUCAAAAUCUCUUGAAUAGUUGUAAUUCCAUGUUGGUUUAUUGCUUGAAUGAGUUUGGCAUUUAUAUUUCUGUUCCGUUGUCGCCCUCAGCUGGGAAAAGUGCCAUUCUUUGUCCCGAUAAAAGUGGAGACCAUUCUAAUAGUGGAGAGAUUGACCAUUCCAAUAAUGAAAAUGGAAUUUCAGAACGAAGGGUUCAUUCAUUGAAGUGCUUCUCAUGUGUUGAGGAAGUAAAACUAUUCUCUGAAGGAUUGCAGGCCCUUAUUUCAAAGCUCUCCCAAACUGUUGAGCUUUGCUGGAAUCUUCAUCCUCAACUCACAAAGAGAUUGGCGCAAACUUUGGCGACUUGUAUUCUGAACUUGAAAUGCCUGUUAUCCAUAUGCCAGUCAGCUGGUAGUAGCACAGACGAUCUUAGCCUUACAAUUGCAAUUAACAGUAUUGAAGGUUUGAUGCACACGAAAACUGCUCUUGAAGGUCUUGCUGAAGUUGCCAUAGCACUCCAGAAGAGCCAUUGCUGGCAGGUGGCGGCUUUAAUGCUAGAUUAUUUACUUGGGUUGCCUUCUCAAUUUGGUUUAGACCAUGUGGUUUCUUCUGCAUGUUGGGCAAUUAAGCAUGCAUGUCUCCAUGCUCCAAAAAUUUCUUGGCGGCUGCAGAGUGGUAAGUGGAUGUCAAGUUUACUUGACAGAGGACUAUCCAACCUCCCCAGUGAAGCGGUAUCUUCUCUGGUUGAUAUGUUCUGUACAAUGCUAGAAAAUUCAGAACCCGAACUAUGUUCUGUUGCUUUGCAGCUUCUUGAAAGACUUGUUGAGAGCACAAGCAUUGGAAAAGAAGGGGGAAUUAGUCAGGGUGAUGGGGAUAAUGUAUUGGCUCAAGCUGAUAUACCUGUUCCUGAGUCAGUUAUGUCAGAUUUAGUUGCGAGUACAUGGGAUAGAAUAGCUGGUUUAGCAUCUUCAGAGCCUUCAGUGUCUUUAAAAACUCAAGCUCUCAGACUGUUAUCGGGCUUUAUUCCUUUUACCAAACGCCAGCAGCUUCAGUCUUUCCUUUCAUCAGCUCACACUCUUCUUCCAUGGUUAAGCAAACUGGGAUAUUCUUUGAGCAAUUGGACUGUGACACGACUGUCGUUAGCUCUUCUUGCCAGUGCAUGCCUCUAUUCCCCCAUAGAGGACAUUACUUUGAUACCCCAAAGUGUAUGGAAGAACUUGGAGGCCAUAGGGGCAUCAAAAAAUGGAGGGGCUGGUGCUCCAGAAAAAAUUGCCUGUCAAGCUUUGUGUCAACUUAGAGUUGGCGAGGAGGAUGCUAAGGAGGUUUUGAAAGGAGUUUUCGUAUUGCGCUCUGGGAAGGAACCCAUCAAUCCUGAUUUUGGAGGCACUCGCGAAUCUAUUCUUCAGCAUGGGUUUUCAACUAGGGUGGACGCUGUACCAGUCCACCCUAGGGCAGACCCAAGUCCUUUUCACACACACAUAUUCCUUCCUCCCCUUGUAUGUGCAAGAGCACCAUACUCGAAAGAUGUCACCCAACGUUUGCAACAAGUGAAGGCUGAGAUUUAUGCUUUAGAGAAGACCAAGCUCAGAGAAGAAAUAGCUGCUCGCAGACAGAAGAAAUUCCUAACAAGGCGUGCCAGGCAAAAGUUCCUGGAAGAGGUAGCUUUGCGGGAAAUAAAGCUUCUCCAAGAACUCGAUAGGGAAAGAACAGCAGAGGCAGAGCAUGAAGUUGAGAGGCAGCGGUUGUUGGAGCACGAGCGUGCAAAGACAAGAGAGUUGCGUCACAAUCUUGAGAUGGAAAUGGAGAAGCGAGCGCAGAGAGAGAUUCAACGGGAGCUUGAGCAAAGAGAAUCUGGAGUCCGACCAUCUCGCCGGGAGUAUUCUUCGUCCACACCCAGUAGCCGGCCACGAGAAAGAUACAGAGAGAGAGACAAUGUUAAAGCAAGCACUCGGGGCCUAGAGGGCGGUGGCUCUGAGCCGUCUACAGCACCAACCCCUUCUUCAACCGUGCCUCCUCCUUUGAACCAACAAACGGUAGUCCUGGCCGGAUCACGGUCAUAUUCUGGCUCAAUUCCUGCGAUCCUACACCAUAGGGACCAUGAAGAAUCAGGUGAAGGGAGCCGAGAUUCUGGUGAUGCAGGAAGCGUUGGGGAUCCAGAGGUUGGCCUGGGCUCUGACGUGUUUGGGCCUGGGUUCUCAACUGGGGUCAGGCAUGGGGGUCGAGGUGGGAAGCCAAGACAGAUGGUGGAGAGGAGAGAGAGAGAUGGGGGCAGGCGAGAAGGGAAGUGGGAGAGGAAGCAUUCUUGAUGAUGAGAACAUUGUCUUGAAGGGAGAGGAAGAGAUGAGGGGGAUGGUCUCUGAAGGGAGUAGGUUAAAGUGGGAAGAGGAUGGAGGGAGGCUUGGGUUUGAUUAAGAAAGUGAGAAGUAGUUGGGGAAAUUGCUGUCUGCACCUAUAUUUUAAUCCUCUUUUUUUCUCUCUGGGGCUCUAAAGAAAAUAUUUGUAUUUUUCUUUUCACUUUGUAUGGGUCUCCCUCUCCCUAGGCUGUUUUGCUGCAGUUCCUUAUACUUGACCACCAGCUAAGAGCCUGACUCUCAUGCAGAGUAUAGAAACAUCCAAGUAUUUGAUUUCAGAAUACGUUUGGUAAAGUUUGGGGUUUUAAAGCAGUGUUAUGUGUACUCUGAACUUACGAGAUAUUUUUUUUAGGCCGUUUACAAGUCAAUCUGUUGAGCCAGUUUUCUAUCCAA